GGACGACGCUUUGGGGAGGGGUGCGGGGGCAGAAGGGAUAUCGGGGUUCCCGCCCAGGCCCCACGUCCCUGGGAGAGGGUGCCGGAGGCCUUUGUUGUCGGAUUAGGGACCCCAGACCCUGCACCUGGCGUUUCUGUUGGGCUGGAGCGGGGAGGAGCUGCCAGGCUGCGGAGGCGGAGAUGGCGGAGGACGGUGGGAAUCGCCGCGAGGGUGUCUGGUCUUACUAGCCUAGCAAGCCUGAUAAGCAUGAAGCUCCUAUCUCUGGUGGCUGUUGCCGGGUGCUUGCUGGUGCCCCCAGCUCAAGCCUACAAGGUGAGGGAGAGUUCCGAAGAUAUCCGGUGCAAAUGCAUCUGUCCACCUUAUAGAAACAUCAGCGGGCACAUUUACAACCAGAAUGUGUCCCAGAAGGACUGCAACUGCCUGCACGUGGUGGAGCCCAUGCCGGUGCCCGGCCACGACGUGGAGGCCUACUGCCUGCUGUGCGAGUGCAGGUACGAGGAGCGCAGCACCGCCACCAUCAAGGUCAUCAUCGUCAUCUACUUGUCCGUGGUGGGGGCCCUCUUGCUCUAUAUGGCCUUCCUGAUGCUGGUGGACCCUCUCAUUCGAAAGCCAGAUGCUUACACUGAACAGCUGCAUAAUGAGGAAGAGAAUGAGGACGCACGCUCCAUGGCAGCCACUGCCUCGUCUCUUGGUGGACCCCGAGCCAACACCGUCCUGGAGCGAGUGGAAGGUGCUCAGCAGCGGUGGAAGCUGCAGGUGCAGGAGCAGCGCAAGACAGUCUUCGACCGGCACAAGAUGCUCAGCUAGAUGGGCUUUCACGGGUAGACCAGGAACCUGGGCCAUGGCUGCCGCCUGCAGGGCUGGCCAGAGCCAGGGGCCAUGUCUCCUCUACACUCCAUAACUGUCUUCCCUGGGUCUUCCCUUGAAAAGCCCGGGGCAUUUUCCCUUCUUCUCCUUCUCUAUAGAAAUGUUGUACUUGGCUGUUUUAAUUAGGGAGUAUGACAGGGUGUCAGAUCUCCCUUGUCUCCUUAGGUCUGCGGGGUAGAGGAGAGGGGGAAGGCAGGCCAAAGAGGAAUGGAGACAUCAACGGUGGCCUCAGGCUUGGAUGGAAUUGGUCUCUCCUUGCUCUACCUUUGUCACCCCUUUCAGCUCCACCUCUUGGGGAUUUUUUUACCCCUUGGAAGAUGGAGCUGGGUCAUCAGAAUCUCAGUGUUUUGGAGGAAUGCAUGACCUGGCAUUCGGCACGGGCUUCUGUCUGCUGUGGUUCUGAGCCUCCUCCUGGUCCCAAUACCUUGGCCCCAGUGUGGCCAGGCUCCAGCCCUCAGGAACAGUGCCGAUGUGACCCUGUGGUGGUUCUCAGGGUACCUGGGAGCUUGGCUCUUCUCCCUGGGCUCCUCAUCCACCCAUGCAUGGCAGUGCCUGGGCACUCCUGCUUCCUGCGCUGCCUGUCCUCUCAUUCCACCUUGGGAAGCUGGCCAGGUCCUCUCCUCUCCCAGUGUCUGCAGUUGCUGAGCCAGGAAGUUGGGUGGACCACGCGACAUAGGCUGAGCAGUGGACCGGAACACCACAGCUCCUGUCCCAGACCACCACAUGUCCCUCAGUGUCACUGUACCUGUGCAUGGAUAUAAAUGUCCUUCUGUUGUCUGUAAAUCAAGGAAGCCAUCAUUAAAUUGUUCUAUUUCUCUCA